AUGAGCGUGCGCAAGGCACACAACUCCGGACGCAACCACUUAAGAAACGUUGUGGAGUACUAUCAACAGAUCGGACAAGAGAAGGCCCAAUCCGUCAUCGACUCCAUCACCUCGUCAUACGCCGCCGAAGGCCAGGCCGUACCCAACCCUGCAAUGGCUCCUCCAGGCGCUUUUCCGCCUCCAUUCGGAUUCCCCGGCCGACCAGGUCAACUUCCCCCUCCUCCGUUCGGAAUGCCCGCACCUGGCGCAGCCGCUGGAGCUCCAGGCAUGCCUCCUCCCCCUGGAGCACGAGGUCUUCCCUUUCCACCCCCGUUUCCCGUCCCCGGCGGCCCCGGCGCCCCAGGCGGUCUCCCUGCCCUGCCCAACAUGCCCCCGGGAGCCCAGGGCUUCCCUCCUAUCCCUCCUCCGGGCGGAUUCCCCGCUGGCUUCCCCACGCCUCCUCCCGGCGCCGCAGGCUUCCCGGGUCUUCCUCCGCCAGGCCAGCUUCCCCCAGCAGGAUACAGCCCCAGUCCGACUCCCGGGAUGAACGGCCCACCAGGGCCAGACGCAUAUGCUCAUGCAGCGCCUCCCCCGGGCAUGGGGUCCGCAGGCCUGCCUGGUCCACCUCCGGGUUUGAGCGACAGACGAUAA